AGAAGAGCAAGAAGAAACAAUCAACACAGCGUAGCAAGAAAGCGCGCGCGGUGUGGUUUACAAUAAUCUGGGUGUAAGUGUGUUGGUGUUUGUGCACCGUGUAUGCUCAUUUGGGAAAGGUUAGUCAAGUGAGUGCGCCGUCCAUCGCGGUGUGAGAGACAGAGAGAGAGUGCGAUAUCGGCCCAAAACGGCAACAAAACAAAACGUGUGCGGUUAUGCGUUUUUUUACGGCGGUGCGUCCGAUCGGAAGAGAGUGAUAUUUCCCCUUCAUCGCCCUCUCUCUCUUUUUUGCGCUCUCUAUCGCACUCUUCGCCACACAACACACUCAGUGGCACUCACACCCAGCCUCCCGGUCAGCACGUGAGGAGCAGUGUGCAUGGUGCAAAAAGCAGAGCGCCAGCCAAAGACAGCGUGCGAAGUGCGAGAACGGGCGCACUCUCUCGCGGAGACAAACAACAUACAACAACAACAACAACAAAAACACACACUCAUCAAAGCUCAUCGUCGUUGUCGGCGGCGGCCGUGUUAUUGUUGCUCUUGCUGCUGUUGUUGUUUUGUAGCGGCGUGUUAAACGGAAGUGUGCGUGCAAGGGUGUAAGAAGGGUGCCCGCAAGAGAGUGAGCACGCGACUUUUAUGUGUAAGAGAGAGAGCGAGAGAGAGCGUACGAUGAUAGUAAGGGUACAACGGGAGGGGACGCGGUGGAGCGGUUACGAUGAUGUGUUGGCUCCUUCUUCUUUCGAACGGCGUCCUCGCCGUCACCGUCGUCGUCGUCGUCGGCGAUUGUGUGUGGCAUCAUGCACCGAAUCGCGCGCGCCCAGGGGGUAUUCCGCGUGAUAAACGGAUCAAAGUCUCGCAGUCUUGCAACAGAAACCGAACCGUUCGAACCACGUGCAGACGGUGCUCCGCGUUGUUGCUGUUCGCACCAGUCAGAGCAAACGCGCCAGAACGUGUGUGUGUGUGUGUGUGGAGAGUGACCAACCCCCCUCCGAGAAACAACCAGACCGCAGUCAUUCAUCGUCGUCGUCGUCGUCGUGUGUGUGUGUAGGUGAAAGGCCUGUCAGUGGGAUUGUGCGGUGUGGUGGGGGAAGGCAUAAAGGAAGCAGUAGUAAAAUAUACAAAACGAAACCGUUUGUCGUGCCGUGUAGCGGCAAAGGGUGGUGUGUCGGUGCUGACGGUGGUUGCAAUUUUUCGAGCAAAGGUUGCUUCUCCGCUACGUGACGUGUCUUCGCGACCGUAACACCACACCAUUCCGGUGGGGGGUUUUUUUUGGUGUGAUUUAUUUGUGGAGCAUUUAAUUUCGCUUUGCGUUUUGCGUCGGCGGGUCGUUUGUCGCGCUGUUCUGUGCAAGCAGCGCUCUUGGCGAUUGAGUGCGCGCUCGGUGCAAUUAAAGAAAGUGGAUGCACCAUUUGCUUCUGGAUGGGAUUUAAUUUCGCAAAAACGCAUCGAAAAGUGAAAUUUAAAAAUCAGUUUCCAUAAAAACGGAUAAACGGUGUAAAGGUGUGCACAUAAAUACGUUCUAAAAAAGUGUAACGAAUUAUUGCUGUUGACAGAAACGUUCAUUUAUCAACGAUUUGUGUUAAUAUCAAGUGAUUGAAAUUGCAAACGCAACUAAAUUGUACGCCCCGAAUCACAUUGCCUGCUCUCGGUCGGUAAUUGAUUAGCUCAACACACACGACGGUUGGUGAAUAAAUUAGUGCGAGAGCGAGAUAGCGCACGACCCACAAUCAAUAAAGACGGUCGCCCCAAAGAUCAUCCCAUCCGUGACGGUGUAAAUGUGUGCGACUGUGUGUGUGUUUGACGGGCAAUUCGACAGCACCCCAUCAUCAUCAUCAUCAUCGGCGUCGUCGUCAUCAUCAUCAUCCUCAUCCGUCGCGCUGCUGUUCGAUUGGUGGUAAUUCGUCGUCGUCGCCCUCUUGAUCUGCGUUGAUGAAUGUGACCGAUGACUUGUUGCGAGAGUGCGAGAGUGAGCGAGCGCGCACGCGAUCAGCUACGGUACAAGUGUGUGUGUGAGCAGGAGCGAGCCCGUGAGCGGCCGGGGAAAGGAGAUUACGAAUGAAUGAGAGUGGCGCGCAAGCCGUACACAGGAGAUAAUAAGGGGUGAAUAAUAAUUACGCGCUUCUUGGGCCCCGUGCAACGUACGCACUGCGAAGAGUGCGAGAGCGGGAGAGCGCCGUGAGUGUGUGAAGCGUGUGUGGUAGCGGUUCCGAUUUUGUGGAUUUUUGUCCAGUUGUGUGACGGUGUGUGUUGGUGUGAGGAGCAGCGCUGCACGACACUAUCAAAGCACACCGCAGCAUCGCUUGGCGUGCGGCAGAGAAAGAGAGAGCGCGUGUGUGAGCAAGAGAAGCAGAAGGAAUGUGUUUGUGAUCGACAGAUCGCAAAUGUCAUCUGUUGUGUGCGGCCGCCAGUAGAUUGUGUGUGCGUCAUCGGGGCAGAUCGGAUUAUAUAUCAAGAGCGGCCAUUAAUUGGAUGUGAGUGCGGGUCGCUAAUGAACGUGUCGGAGCGUGUUUGCUUCCUUCUUCGAGCGUGUGUGUCUUGGCAAAACGGCGGGCAAUACCCCUGCUGAGUGGAAAUGUUCAUCUAAUUAAGCGACAGCCAUCGCAGCAGUGCAUGUUUGUGUUUGUGUGAUGAUUAAGCAUUAAGCAUAACGCAAUCUAACAAAAGGCAGAAGGAAUUGAUCUGUUAAGUGCAACCGUUUAACACGAAUCGUGUGCUAGUGCGUGCGUGUGCGCGGCCUUGAAUUAAUACCAGUUUUUGCUGUGCGGGCUGUGCGUGUGUGUGUUAAAUGAUCGACAGUGGCAGCUAGGCGCGUUUACUGCGUCCUUGGCAAACGGCAAUUUCGGUGCGAUACACAACGAUAAAAGAAGGUUAAAGCUCGUAUCGUAUAAAGCAGUGCGUGUGUUGGUGCGUGUGUGUGCAUGUGUGCGCCCGCUAACAGUGCAGCGAUCAAUCAAAGCAGUCGGGCGCGUGCUGCCAGCGCCAUCUUUACCCCCGUUGUGACGUGCGGUUGCCCCAAGCGGUCAAAAUACGUACCAAGCAAGCACCGGUGUCGAUUGUGUCUCGGACGGCGAGACACAGCGAGCGGCAGCAGCAGCAGCAGCAUCCGGACCGGCCGCCGCCACCGUCGUCUGCCGUGCGCUGCGGUGCGACGGGCCCGUACACUGACCCCACCGCCAACGGCUGCAGCAGUGGCCGCCCGAUAGCAGCGGCACCGAAGACGGCGUCCAAAAUCGAAACGAUGGCGGAAGCCCAGCGGCUGAUCGGCAUCUCGCUGGCGAAGAUCGCCCAAUCGCGGGUCUGUCGCGGGGGCGUCUCGCUCCACAAGAACCUGCUGGUCGCGACCGUGCUGCAGAAGGCGCGGUACAUCUUCAUGGAGGAAGCGUACCACAUCGUGCACGGUCACUAUCUGCAGCAGCAGCAGCAGCAGCAACACCAUCAUCAACAGCUGAUGCAGGAGCAGCAGAAUGCGGCCUACCUGCUGGCGGGGCACUGCGACGGUUCCCCGGCUGAGGACGGCGGCUGCGAUGAUGACUGUAGCAAUAACAACAACAACAACAACAGCAAGUGCAGUAGUGGGCUGGAAGAGGAGGAGGAGAAGCAGCACCAGCAGCAACUGUUCGCAGCGCGAUGCAGCCCCGUGGAGGAGUUAGUGGACCCGGUGGAGGAGGAGGACGGGGCCACGACGACCCUUUCGUACGAUUGUGACACCACCAACACCACCAACACCACCACCACCAUUCUGCCUACGACGAUCGGGAGCCUGGGCCCGCUGGAACCGCUCAACAUGUGCCGCAACAAUGGUUCCCCCUCAGCAGCAGCAGCUCCCGCCGGAGACACGCACGAGCAGCCGGACGAGGAGGAGGAAGAGGAGGAGAAGCAAACAUCAACGUGCCAGGAUGUGGCCGCCCAUCUGUUCCUGCUGCCCGCGCUGGCGCCCUGGAUCGGUGCGCCCGAGGAUAACAAGGAGAACAUCGGCAGUUCCUUUUCGUUCCUGCCGGCGGCAGCGUCCCCGUUCCACUACCAUCACGAUGAGGAAGAAGAAGAGCAGGAAGAGGACGACGAAGAAGAGGAGGAGGAGGAAAACACUUGCCAGGAUCUGUCCUGCCACCGGCGGAAGCAGGAAGCGGCCGACCACCAGCCGGAACUGGCCAGAAAGCAGCUCGAGUCGGCCGUCCGGUCGAAGGGUGCGCUGCGCUACUUCGAUCUGGACGAUCGGCGCACGGCCCGGCACGAGCGACGGCGCCGAAGACACCGGACGGAAGGGGACGACGAGCAGCAAGCGUUCCCGUCGGUACCCGCGAAACGGCGCCGCUCGUCCGACUGGGACCGGUCGGCGGUGGAGCUGCCCGACCAGCAGUCCACGAACGAUGACCGCAUCCACCCGAUACCGCUCCUGUCCGCCAAGCGGCUCAAAACGAUCGACAACCAGCAGCAGCAGCAACCGCGUCCCCUAACGCCGACCCUCUGCCCCCAGCCACAGUUCUACUCGUCCCCGCACGAAACCAUCUGCCCGGGCGAUGCGGAAACCCUGUCCGCGUGCGUCAACCAGCAGCUGGAGGCGGAAAAUUUGAGCACGAGCGGCGGCGGCAGCAGCAACACUUCACCACCACUGGCAGUGGAAGAGCCGGAAGUGGAGCAGCACCCGGAGGAAACGGACGCGGCCGCCCCAGCUCCAGCCCCGUCGGUCGAGAGCAUCGACCGGAUAACGUCUUUGGUUUCGAUUUUUAGCUUCGGCAACCUGUCCCGCUCCGUCUCGACGCCGGACGUGUUCUGUGCGGCCCAGGCGCAGAAGGACGCCCGGCCGGAUGCGGGCGGCUCCCUGCUGACCAGCCAGCUGCAGCAUCACGGCCAGCGCGGCUACCUGACGAUGACGGUGUAACUAAUGCUGGUGCGUGCGGCGUGCGUGCGUGGACAGGGAGAGAGGGAGGUUUGUUUGCAGACAGAUAGAGCAAAAGCAAAAGCAAAAAAAAAAACGGACGUGAUAGUAGAAUAUCUAACCUAAGUCGCUGGGGAGGGGAACAAAAUGGGAUGUCAGCGUAAAAAUGUGAAAAAAUCGAAUGUUUUCUCCUUUUUUUACAGCAGCGUGAGGGGCAGUAAACGGGUAAUGGUAGGGUUGAAUGAGUGUUUGUGCGCGCGGGUAGUGCCUCUUACAUAGAAGUAGUCUUUGAGAAGUAACGGAAGCAGCAGCAGCAGCAGCUCCCAUUUUCCAUUUCCACAUUCACAAAUCAAACUAUUUAUCGGUUAGGUUAGGCUCUCGAGUUUCGAAUUUCAAAACCCACCCUUCCCCUCCCUCUACUGUGCUCGUGGGGUGUGGGAAAAGCCACUGACCGUGGCAGAGAAAGAGCAGACCCGAUGGUAGCAGCAGCAGCAGUUAGUUUAGCUCCCAAUCGCCUUAUCCGCGGUUUCCUCUUUUGACCCUUUUUAAUACCUUCACACACAGACACACACACACACACACACGUAAAAAUGAUGGAUAAAAGGAGUAUGGUGGGGCGUAAAAUAGGGGUGGCGGGGGGUUAGAGUUGAUCGGUUUGUACCACCCCCCACCCGGGUGGCAAAACGGUACUUUGCAUCGAACAUCACGAUCAUUAGCGAAUUGAGCUUAGAAGAAGAAAGGAAGAGAAGAGAACCAUAAAACUCACCCCUUCACUACCCCCUCCCGGUCAGUGUGAGAAGCUUUAGAAGAGCAAGAAGAAGAAGGGCCUGUUAGCAGCCCCUCCCUCUCUGGUUCAAUGCGCGUGACGCGCGUAUCAUCUUUACAUCUCUCCCUAGAAAGAUGGGGCAGAGCAGAGGGAAAAGGAAAUAUAUUGCAUAGAAGAGAAA